AGUAGCCGAGCAAGCAUCGAAACGUAACAUACUCCACGCAGUACCAACAGCUCUCACAUCCGCGUGUUGCAUUAUUGAUCGCAAACGUUCGUUUGGCGAGACGUCGCGAAGAAUGGGCAUAUUUCGUGAAUUUCCAAUAGUUUUCAAUUUGUACAGGAAGUACAGUUAGUUCUCGGUUAUUCUCGAAAUUGCAUUCCUGAAUUGCACGAGACAGGCACGAGGAAGCUGGGAAACAGACACCAAAUCCUCCGUUACGCUGACGCCAAGGUGAUAUUCGAGUGUUCCUUGAAGGAAAAUAAAUUUACGCGAGGAUAAAAGAACGGCAUCGAUUCCUGAUCACAGAUAAAACGAACACGGUCUUCGAGUCUCGUGUUGAAACGUCGCAGAUGUCGGGGAUCAUGGAGCAGAAAGACGGCCUAAAGAGGAAACCAACUCUCGUCAGACGAGUAUCCGACAUGUUUAAGGAUGGAAACUACAGCGGGCCUCCGAUGCUGUUCCGACACCCGUCGAUGCAGAAGAUCCGCCAUUGCUGCCAAAAUCUCAACCUGCUACCGUAUCUUCUUUACUCUUUUGACAAUUCCAAGUCGCAUCCGAUAGUACGCAAGAUGCACGGCUGCCUCAGCCAUUUUCUUCAGGAGAUUACAAUUAGUUUCCUGGUCACAUACGAAAAUUUGCGCCAAUUUGUACUCAAUGGAAUUCGUAUCAAGAAACCAAUCGACGCACAAAAAGCAACAGCAGAAUCGAACGACGAUCCUGCUAAACCUGCCACCAAGUUCAACAGGUUCAAAAAACCUAAACGCAAGCAUUCGCGCUAUCUGACUGCGGCCGUGUAUCUCGUGCCAUUGCUGCUCGUCUUCCAGAUGAUGGUUCUGUGCAGCCUGACAAUUUUCGGCAAGUAUACCCCGGGUUUCAUCUUCCUGAUUACCUCGCUACUCUUCCUCGGCGGUAUCGCACUUAAAAUAUUGUUACACGGAACUGUAAUAUACGGCAUCCAGAAGUGCGAGAGGAAAAAGGUGCAGUGAUCUUCCGUUUCCGCUGUUGUCGCUUUAUCGCCUAAAGACAAUAAGACAAUAGGAAAAACAGACAAGACUCCGCAUUCUCGGAGUCUGCGUGUUCAUCUAUGUUACGUGGCAUCAAAUAUUACCUUCUGUGCACAAUCAAUACGACAUUAACAUGUAUUAACACGUUUGUGUUGAUGAAACUCCGACAACCUCUUCCAUUUCCUCUUUUUCACAUAGCGUUCCUGAUCACCAGUUUCAUAUAUUUACUCUUUCUCUUUAAGUUGUUACAAUCAUUAAGCAGGGAUGCAUAGAUGUAUAGAACGCACUGCGAAGAAAACACUUUUUUAUGAGCUAUAAUGUAUGCACAUGUGCAAUAACGUUUUAAGCGGAAGCAUUAUUUUUAUCGUUCUCAAGCGGACCUCGGAGGACUGUUUCUUCGACCUUGUGAAGCAAGUAUUGCGAAUAUCUUUGUCCUCUACAGCAUAAGACUGAGAAUUAUUUUUAACGUAUGUGUUUGUAAUGUAAAUAAACGUGCGAAUGCUAUAUGUAUAUACUAUAUAAUGGUAGGUGGGUUUGUAAAGUUGUCCUGUUCCGACAAGGAGAAACGAAAGCUAUAGGACGCUUGAUAUGUUCAUUGAAAGUUAGUUCGAUCUGUGAUGGUGUGGGUACAAGUGAUAUCUCGCGGUUACUUGCAAUGCCACUUUAAUUACACACGAUAAAAGUUAUUUUAUGCGUAGAGAUUCAAGUUCUAAAAAUACGCCUCUUAGCGAUCGUACCUAUCGAUAUUGUUUUCUACCGAAAAAUAAAUGAAACUGAUAAUACU